AUGGCCAGAUUCUGCCCAAGCCUACUGCUCUUUGUGGCCACUAUGGUCCUCGUGUCCAGAGGUGUCUACGCCUGGGGCUCAUCAAAGGUGGUAAGGAAAUUUGAAGAUAUCCCGGAAACCUACGUCUAUGUGCAGCAGGCACUGUGGUUCGCCAUGAAAGAAUAUAACAAGGCCAGCAAAGACAAGUAUACCUUCAAGGUGGUGCAGGUUCUGAAGUCCCAGGAGCAGGUCACAGAUAGUUUGGACUACUUGCUUGAAGUCAAAAUUGCUCGAACAAUGUGCAAGAAAUUUUCAGGAGAAAAUGAAAACUGUCUAUUACCACAAGAUCCCAAAAUGCAAAAGAUGUUUCUUUGCACUUUUAUUGUUGCAUCCAAGCCCUGGAAAUUUGAACUCACUAUGCUGAAGAAACAAUGCAAAGAUAUCUAAUUACCUUCUAGUGCAUUCUGCCACUCUCACUCUCAUUCUGAAGAAGCAAAGACACUUGCAAAACAUUUAAAUAACACAACUGACCCAUUGACUUCGUUUUUGUGGGCUCCUUGAUGAUCUGUGGCCCUUUUUCUUUCUUGUGCAUUCUUCAGGGGCUCACGCUGAGAAUGUGAUGCCUUUUUACAGCACUGGAAAGCCUCUUCUAGUUGGCUAAUUCAUCUCCCGUCAGGGACAAUCUUCUACCAAGGAUGGAAGAGAGUAUGAACGUGUUUCCA